AAUCUCUUCAUAUGAUUGAAUGUCCUGGGGUCCAAAAUCCGACGACGAUCGAUUCGGCAACUCGUAUCACUCUGUAUCUAUUUUGAGGUGCGCACAUCGCAAUCAAACUUAACGGAUCGUGUCGGUAAAGAGUCUGUGUGGACCGAAUAUAUAUACCAACUACUUCUUGCGCAAAUUGAAAGAGACCACAUCAAGGCACUGAAGGUAACCAUCGCCUCCCUCUGCAAAAUGAAGUUCUCCAUUGCUGCUAUUGCCACUAUUGCUGGCCUGGCUUCGGCCCUCCCCAGUCAACCCGAAGCCCGCGCAACCACCGUCCAGGGCUUCGACAUCUCCAACCACCAGAAGAGCGUCAACUUUGAAGCUGCCAAGAAGGAUGGCGCACAGUUCGUGAUGAUCAAAGCUACCGAAGGCACGACGUACAAAGACACCGUCUUCAACUCGCACUACACAGGCGCCACCAAGGCCGGCCUUCUCCGCGGUGGAUACCACUUUGCCCGCCCUGACAAGUCCACCGGCAGCACACAAGCCAAAUUCUUCCUGAAGAACGGCGGCGGAUGGAGCAACGACAACAAGACACUGCCCGGGAUGCUGGACAUCGAGUACAACCCCUACGGAGCGACAUGCUACGGCCUCAGUCACUCCCAGAUGGUCGCUUGGAUCCACGACUUUGUCGACGAGUACCAUCAUGCGACGAGUCGGUGGCCUAUGAUCUACACCACUGCAGACUGGUGGAAUCGCUGCACGGGCAACGCCAAGGGCUUCGGCGAUAAGUCUCCUCUGGUGCUGGCGGCGUAUAGCAGCUCUCCUCCCAAGACGAUCCCAGGUGACUGGAAGACAUGGACGAUCUGGCAGAAUUCGGACAAGUAUGAGCAUGGAGGGGACUCGGAUAAGUUCAAUGGACCGAUGACGCAGUUGAGGAAGUUGGCCAGCGGUUAAGUGUAGGCUAGCAUUCCUGUCCUCCCCAAUAUUCUGUAUUACCUAUCGUCAUGGUCCACUUGAGUUUAUAGAGAUUUCUUCGUGAACCUAUUUGUUGCAUUGCACACUCAUAUUGUAUGGUAUUAUUCAC